AUGUGUGCUGAAUUUCCGUCCUCCCAGCGUACCUAUCUUCUUCAGGUCCUGAUAGGCGUCGGCGACAUGGUCGGUCCACCGGGGUGCGACCCCAGCGAAUACUCCUCCGCCUCCGUCGCGGUGGAUGUGGGGCCUCAAGACACCGUUUGGGACGUCAAGAAGAGGCUCAUUGCCGUGGCCGGCUGGACGGACGAGCUGCCCUCCGACUUCGGUCUCUUCAACGACGUGUCGGACGAACCUUUGAUGGAUGGGCAGUCGGUAGAUGCGGCGUUGGCACCAAACAAACCGUCGUCGUCUAAAAAAGCAGUGUCAAGGCGAGGCGGUAGUAGAGCUACUGCAGCUGCAUCGAUUCGUCUUCCUCGUCCGUAUGUAGGUGUGUUGUGGGCGGCAAGAUUGGGUUGA